AUGCUCGCGGAAAUUUCUUGGGCAGAUCCCGAAGAGCAUUGGCCACCGGGAAAUAGAGCCGGGGAUCUGCAGUUGCCCUCCGAAUUGAAUAGGAAACUGUUUGUCUACAACUCACGGCAUACGUGUGGGAGGAAGCGAUCAACGGUCCUUAUGGUGACACAGGGUGACAGGCAUAAGCCGAUCCUUACACUCAACCGUGAGGAGUUUGAAGGGGUUAUGGCUGCAAGGGAGGAGGCGGAGAGAGAGAUCGUCAAUUUUGGUAAGAAGCUCUGA